CGAAAAUGCUCACAAGGCUGCACAAUCUCAAGCUCCAUUCAACUUCAAAAACCCACAUCAAUUCCCUGCGUCACUUCCUAAACCCUCUCUGCACCACACUCGACCCAACCCAUGUCCAACCCGAGUCACCGGAGCUUCCAACCUGGGUCAAGUUCGUCUCCAACCACCCAAAACUCCCACCUUCUUCUUCUUCUUCCGACAACGACGACUUCGUCAUCCCUUCUCUGGCCAACUGGAUCGAGACCCACAACCUAAACCACCCCGCCAAACCCCCCAAGCCCUCAACUUUCGACUCCGACUGCCUCCAGAGCAUCAGUACAAUCCUCAAACUCCGGUACCCCUCGCCGGAAAACGCAGCCGACGCGUUGGAAAGAUUCGAUUUUGAGGUGUCCAGUGACACUCUUUUCGGAUUGAGGAAAGAUGUUGUGGCAUUGAACACUCUUUUGAGUGCAUUGGUGAAGGAGAGGAGUGUUGAGCUUGCACAAGAAGCUUUCUUGGAGUUAAAGGAAGCUAUAUCGGUGAAUGAUCAUAGUUUUAAUGUUCUGAUACAUGGGUAUGUUACUAGGAGCUCAAUGGAGGAGAUGGAGAGGCAAGGUUUUCGCCCGGAUUUUCAAGCCGGUAGGCUUAGGGAUGUUCAAGAAGUGGUCGAGGACAUGGAAAAGCAGGGUGUAAAAGCGGAUGUUAUAUCUAACACCCUGAUUUCUUGUGCUUGCGAGCAUUCGCAGGAAGAGGGUGCUCUCAAGUUGCUGAAGGAAAUGGAUGAGGAUUCGUGCAAGCCGGAUGUUCAGACAUAUGCCCCAUUGUUGAAGAUGUGCUGCAGAAAGAAGAGGAUGAAGGUGCUCUACUUUUUGUUAGACCACAUGUUUAUGAAUGACAUAAGUAUCGAUGCUGGAACCUAUGCGCUCUUGGUACGUGGGAUGUGCAAGAAUGGUAAACUCAAAAACGCUUGUGCCUUGUUUGAGGAGAUGGUACUGAAGGGAUUUGUUCCCAAGGACAGCACAUACAAGAUGUUGAUAGAGGAAUUACGGGAGAAGAGUAUGGAGGAAAGGAAGAAGGAUAUUGAGAAGUUGAUGUUGCAGGCAAAAGAGAAAGGCAACGAAACUCCUCCUGAAACAAUAUAAUGGUUACCAUUAGCAACUAUACAUUCUGAUAAAGGCAAAAAUAUGAAACAAAUGAGACGCGACAAGCUUUUCUUGAAAGAUUGGAGCUUAUUAAUCUGAGAACUUGAUUGAAGGUGAAGAUCUCAAAGAAUUCAGUGUUUUCUGAAGCAUCUGCAUGAUCUAACUGAGCAGA